UUUUAAGUCGUUAAGUCGUGGAAAAAUACGGGAAAAUAUUCGAUUGAUGGUGUCUUUACACCUUUUAUUUGCUGCGAGUGCAAUAUUUAAAUGAUUAAUCGUAAUUUAAAAAAAAUAAUGGCGGAGCACAUGCAACAUUUAUGAGCAAUUUUGCUUGCUUAAAUUUUCUUGUGAAAAGACUUGCAUUGUGAAAUUUAAAUUUAUACAUUAAGAUCGGGUGCCCAGAAUUAACCAUCCACCAUGCCGCAGAAUGAGUAUAUGGAACGCCAUCGCAAGCUGUAUGGCCGGCGAUUGGAUUAUGAGGAGCGAAAACGCAAGAAGGAAGCCCGUCUUCCCAAGGAGCGUGCACGCAAGGCCCGCAAGUUACGCGGUAUCAAGGCCAAACUCUUCAACAAGGAGCGGCGUAAUGAGAAGAUCCAGAUUAAGAAAAAAAUCCAAGCCCACGAGGAGAAGAAGGUCAAGAAGCAGGAGGAGAAGGUUGAAGAUGGAGCCCUACCCCACUAUCUGCUCGACCGAGGCAUCCAGUCCAGCGCUAAGGUGCUGUCGAACAUGAUUAAGCAAAAGCGCAAGGAGAAGGCUGGAAAGUGGGACGUGCCCAUACCUAAAGUGCGCGCACAGUCUGAUGCCGAGGUUUUCAAAGUACUGAAGACUGGCAAGACCAAGAGGAAGGCUUGGAAGCGCAUGGUUACAAAAGUCACAUUCGUGGGCGAGAACUUCACCCGGAAGCCUCCGAAAUUCGAGCGAUUCAUCAGACCAAUGGGAUUGCGUAUGAAGAAGGCCCACGUGACGCACCCCGAACUGAAAGCUACAUUCAACCUACCUAUUAUCGGGGUAAAGAAGAACCCCAGCUCUCCAAUGUUCACGUCGCUUGGAGUUAUUACAAAAGGCACAGUAAUUGAAGUCAACAUUUCCGAACUCGGUCUUGUAACGCAAACCGGCAAAGUGGUUUGGGGAAAAUAUGCCCAGGUCACAAAUAAUCCAGAGAACGAUGGCGUUAUCAAUGCAGUGCUGCUUGUUUAAACUUCAAAUACUUCUCCCUACUUUUAAGCUUGUGACUAAAUAAAAAAAACCUUUAUAAAUAUAAAAACAUUGUUCGAUUAUUUUCGUUACUUAAUUUUAAAGCUAGUUUAAGAAUUCAUUGUUCUGUACACAUCUAUAAUGAUUAUUUCAUAUUUCUUUCAGUUUGGUGACUGGUAAUCAAGAUGCAGAUCUUCGUUAAGACCCUCACGGGCAAGACCAUCACUCUUGAGGUCGAACCGUCGGAUACCAUC